UCAAUUGCCCAAUUGCGGAUUUUCCCUACCGUCUUCUAGUUUCUUGUGUGUUCAAGUUUUCUGGGUUUGAGUGUGUUCUCAGCUUUCCAUUAGGGCUUUUGUGGGUUCUCGCGUGCCUUUUGUUGUUCUGUUAAUGUCUUUUGGGGGUUUAAAAGCAUGAACUUGGAGAGAACUGGGGAUAUGGGUCUUCUGUGUUUAAAGUGACGAGUAAGUGAAAAUAGUUUUAUAAUUUCUCUAUUGGUUUUUCGAAAAUCACUUGGGACUUGUUGAUUUUCUUCAAGCAGUGAGAGAUGAUAGCAGAGAAACCUAGUUGGAUUAUGCAUUGCGACACACAUAUUUUAUCAAAUGAUAUUCAGCCUGGCGGCCUCAGGUUUGCUACUGGUGGUGGUUUGCAUUUGCAACAUGAAAUCUGUUGGCAGGGGACUUCAAAAUCGAGGACUCGUCAUCCAAACUCCUUGCAACUCUGUGUGACCAUUUCGGCUCCGUUAAUUGUGUUAGAUGGGCCAAGCAUGGCUUGUAUAUUGCAUCUGGAUAUGACGAUCAAGCUAUUCUCAUCAAGGAAGCCCAGUUCUAGGAACAACAAAAUUCGGCACCCGAUGUCGAGAAUUGGGAAGUUUCCAUGAAGUUGAGAGGACACGCUACGGAUGUGGUUAUAAACGUUUCCCAGAAAACAUCAGUUGGAGGGUUAAUUACAACUACCACUAAUGUCUAGCCUAGUUACAAAAUACCCCUGUUAUCAUUGAGAUUAAUGUUGUACCUCCUUAAUAUUUACUAGUACAGAGCCCGUGCACGGGGUGCACAAUUUUAAGGCUAUUUAU